UCUCCGGCUACGAGGUCAACGAGGAGCAAAAAAAGCAUCAAUCUUCUGGCCGAUCCUUAUUGACGCACUCGUAAGGAACAAAUGCGCAUUUUAGGCACGACGUCAUCAAUUGGGUCGUGCCGACGAUCUUCGCUGCCCUUUAACCGCUGUACAUCAUUCCGUGCUCCGGACUGUAUUUUUUUUUCCAACUCAAAAUAAAUUGUAAAUCAAUUAUACGCGUCUGUGUAUAUUUUUCGUUUUUGUGUGCUUUCUACUUUGUCGGGACCCUUUGCGGGUCGUGACAUAGAAGUACCGUCGCGAUCUCAUCUUCACCGGUCACUACAUGCGCCAUUCGGAACAAGCACAACUUUGCAAAGGACACACCAUGGUGCGCCCGGUUUCGACCUCCCUCUAUGUGCCUCCUCGUCGGGCACUUCACGUGUGGCGGCGUGCAUUAUUUCGUGUUGCUUGUUUAUCUUUGACUUUGUCGGUUUGUUUCACCCCAACGACCAUUGAUGCCAGAUCCUGGACCGACGGCGCUCCUGCAAGGUUUGAUGGCGAUGAGCGGACGGAGUUGUUCGAGGUGGAGCUGCCGAGCAUGCGGGAGCUCCGGCAGCAGCAGCUAGACAACGCGUUGUUUGGGCAGCAGAGCCAGGCGACCGCCAAAAUCGAUCCAGCGGACGCGGAGUUUGACAAGUUGACCAGAAGUUCGGGGGUCUUAUCGCCGAAAAGGGGAGGAGGUCAACAAAGUCAAGCUGCGGGACGAGGAGGGUGUUACAACUCAAGCGACGGCGGGUUACAGCCACUCGGCUGCACCACCACCACUACGACCUCCGGCAUAGAAGACAGUGGGACCACGUCGGUGACCGUGCUGGGCACCCCGAGGCCGAGUGGAAGCAGCGACCCAGAGAAGUCGUUCGCUCCGCCACCGCCUACGCAGCCGCCACCGCCCCUGGCGCCCCACUGGGCAGCUACAGAGGACUUUGAGUCCUCGGUUACUGCUGGCGGAAAGACGAGCAGCAGCGGUAGUGAUGUGACAACGGAAGUUCUUCAACAGCAAGCAGCACGGGUCCUCGCGUCCGACCAGCUGAAACUUCCUCGGUUUUCCCCCGUGCCCUCCCGGCAGUCGCUGCUACAGCAAGUGGAGGCGCGCGCAAGCACGGCCGAGAUUUUGGACGCCUGCCCGGGGAUUGAUGGUCCGGCCGCUUCGGAAGUAGAAAGCGAGGGGGCGGACAUCAGUCGGGGGGGAACGAAUUGUGGCAUGAUUACAACGGGAGCAGAGAAAGGCGAUGCUGGAUCGAUACUGACCUCUGCCGCGGCUGCCUCAAACGUGCCAGCACGUUUGGCGCACGGGCUGCCGCACCAAGGCGGCCGCGAAGAUGUUGAAGAGCAGAAAGGCGAACAAACUGAGGAGGAAAUUGAAGAUUCCUGUCCGCUCUCCGUCUCGGAGCGCAUUCAGCUCUUUGAGGGCCUGUUCGGCGAAGUUUUGCAGAAGCAGUCUGAGGCGGAAAAAAGAAUGAACAAACCAAGGAGACGAGGCAUGCAAUCCCGGAUCCGCGCCUUAGCAGCGGACGAAGAAGAUGAAUCCAGCUUCGGAGGACGAAUCCGAGGAGACGAGGAGGAUGCAGGCAGUGGGAAAAAAAUCAACAACAAGCCUGUUGAAGAUGAUGUUGACCUAGUCGACGGCGGGCAACAGGCUGCAACGAGAGAGGACAUGAUCCACAGUGCUGCAACUACGAAGCAGGAUGAGGAUGAUGAUAAUUCUCGUCGUCCCACUCGUUCUACUUCAGUAGCUGCUGCCGCUUCUGCUGGUGGUAAUCAGCCCACGGAGGGCGCGUUUUUCAUCGGGAAAGAUCCGGACACCGAUUCCGAGUCCGACGAAGAAGUUCCACGACCCGCCCGCCGCGCCUCCUCGGACAGUGCGGGCUCCGGGGGGGCGUUCUCCAGUCCCUUCUCCCCACCCUAUUCUACCGGGCGUGACUCGUCCCGACGCGACGUGGGACGAGAGGGUGGCGCCGGCGCGGGGCUUGGUUUUGCAUCCUCCGCGCGAGACGAAGGAGCAUCCUCGGGAGUAGCUCGUGAAGAUGAAGUCCUUUCAGCGAUGAAUUCUGAAGUAGUAGAACCAGCAACAGGUGCCUCAUCGAACACGAGCGGAGGACUGCUGAAAAUCAUUUCGCAGCGCAUGCGCGUGAAGCCAGGGACGAAAGAUGCCACUCUUACAACUGCCAGCGCGACUAAUGCGGUCGGAAAAAAUCCAGCUUCUGCCGCCUCGUCGCAGGAAAAUAAACAGAGCGAACUGUCGACAUCAUCAAAACGAAACUCCUGCUGCGUCCCUCCGACCGUCACGGACGCGGCGAAUUUGACCAAAGCACAGCGGCAGAUGCAGAAGCUCUUCUCCGACGUGGGGACGCUUUUCCCGACGCACAUUAUCCCACAGAAAAAAGCUGGCAGGGCAUUUUUGUAAUGUAGAAAUAAAUACACAGAAACACAUGUCACGGGUGGCCCCAUAGCAUGCUAUUUAGGAUAUGCAAUACAAAUUCUUGGGUGGCCCCAUAGCAUGCUAUUUAGGAUAUGCAAUACAAAUUCUUUUGUCUAUUUAUUUUUGCAUAACAAACAUGACCUGCCAGGUUUUUUCUGUGUGACACACAUGGGCCGGCACUUCGACGGCAUGUCCGACGAGGACGGGCGUGCGGCGCUGGCGACCCACCGCGACUGCAUCGAGUAUCAAAUGUAAAAAUGUCGGGGUCUGGAAGAAUUCAUGUUUGUCAUGCUUGUCUGGCAUGACUCUUAAAUCUGUCAUGCAAGUGACCCAAGAGCUUCGUUUUUCUGUGAUGCAGAAGCGCAGUUUGUCAUGCAGAAUAGGCAACACCUAGGAGCUCAGGAACUUGUCAUGCUGAGCCAGCAUUUGCAGCCUCAUCAUGAGACGCCACCCAGCAUCACAAGUUUCCAGACCCAGACAUUUUUACUUUUGAUAUCGAGCAGGUGUUUGCUAUUCCGGGACUCUCCCCGGAGUACGCCGUGUCCGCUCUGCGCCGCAUUGCGGAGUGGCUGCGGGCGCGGUCUUUGUUCGUCGAGGAGCUGCCCUUCUGGGUCAGAAUGCUCGACAUUGAGCAAGCAAUCCACAAGGAGCAACGGGAAGGUAUGGUUCUUGUGCGUAUAUAAUGAUUUGAUUUCAUUCGUCGCAGCGAAAAGUAAAUAGCUCUGAGCAGGACCUAAGAAAGAACUCUCUGCGCAUACUUCCAAAACUAGGGCUUUCAUCAAAUCAGCUCAAUUUUUUAUUUGUGACGUCAACCUGAUUUCAAUAUAAAGUAUCAAAUUUCUUUGCGCCCUAUAGCGCUGAUAGCCGAGCUGGCGCUUGCGGUCGACCGCCCGGGAGACGAUGAUGUCGCGAGCUUUCGCGAAGAUGAGGUCGACGUUUUGCAACGCCGAGUGGACGACGAGGACCGGCGUUUUGAGGCGAUCAAGGGCGAACUCGAGGCCCAGCAAACGCGCGUCUACGAAUUCAUCGGACAAAACUGGGAAAAAACGCGUCAUAAAGUGUAGCGACAUGAUAGUGGCUUAAACAAUAAAAAGAACUUGUUUAUUUGCAGCUUACUUUCAACAGUGAUUCGAUAGCGCCGCUGCACCCAUGGUGAUGAAGGUCGUGGUGCGUCGUACGAACUACGAAGAAAUGAGUGUGCUGAAAAAAUAAAGCGACUUUAUUGAAUUGAAAUGAACGACUGGUGUGGACGAUCGAUGUUGCCGCGUGUAGGAAAAUCUUGAUGUGAUAGGGGUCAUGUGGCCCUUUUCUUGCGAUUUUGCUGUGAAAACAACCGGUUUGCUGCAAACGUCAAAAUUGAAGAAUACAGAUGGAUCACUUCUUAGCGCGCAGGCGUAGCGCACUGCGGAUAUUGAACUACAA